AUGUGUAUACCCAGUAUUGGUAUUGGUAUUGGUAUUGGUAUUGGUAUUGGUAUUGGUAUUGGUAUUGGUAUUGGUAUAGGUAUUGGUGGGCUAUCGGUCUUGAUCCGAAACUAUGCGUUGGCGGAUAAAAGUGUGUACCUCGUAUUGCAAAGAUAUAAUGAGGAGGAAGCCGAAGAUAAAACUACAGAACUAUGUUCAUUGUGGGAAGAGUAUCUAAAAGACCCAGAUUGGCAUCCGUUUAAAGUUGUCAUGAUUGACAGGAAAGAAAGAAUGGCUGAUGUUAAAACUAUACCGGAACUAAUGGAAGAAGAGGCUCGAAGGCAAGAUAAACUCGUGUCCAAUUUGACCAACAUUAUUCAAGUUAAAAACAAGCACUUAUUUGAGAUUGAAGCAAGAUGCACCGAGACUACGGCGAAAAUGAAUUCUGCCAUGACAGAAAAAGAUUUACUCAUUCAAUCUUAUAAUGAAGAGAUGAAGAAAGUACACGCAAGUGCUAAGGAUCACUUCCAACGGAUUUUUAAUGAUCACGAAAAGCUUAAAUCGCCACUAGAAUCUCAGAAAAGUGAGCUUGAAUUGCGGAGAAUUGCUUUGGAAAAACGUGAAGCACAUAAUGAAAGUGAAAGAAAAAAGUUGGCUGAGGAGAUGGCUUCAAUAGAGCAACUGAAAGCAGAUCGAAAUGUUUUGAAACUGGCUGAAGAUCAAAACGUCAGUACUGCCUUUCUAUUAGUUUUGUUAAUGAUCAUUAGUGUGCUUGUCAGCUGGAAUUAUACCGAGAUUAAUGAAUAUAAUCCUAGUGGGCGAUAUGUAACCUCCGAAUUAUGGAACUACAAAACUGGAAAAAGAGCAACUUUAAAGGAAGGAGUACAAUUUUUGUUGAACACAUGGAAAUGCAAGAAAGGAAUGUUGCGAAGGUUUGUAUACAACUUUGUUACUCUAUAUUCAUGUUACUGAAAUUUACUUAAAACUGGUGGAAAAAAAGAAAAGAAAUCUAUGACCAAUUGUUGUGUCUUACCCCUUUCCAUAUGAAUACUGCUACUGUUUUAAUAACAAUUUCAUGUUACAAUGGAUGGUUGAUGUUGAUGGCGCAGCUAUAAUAACUUAUGCAUGGCAGCUGGUUUGCACUCAUCCAUAUUUGUAGAGCUGUGAACUCAUGGUUAA